UCAGUUUCACCCCUUUAUUUAUAGAGCAUAGUAAAAGCCCCUGUACUAACAGAAAACCCCUACUCUCGUUCAAAGAACCAACUGCCGCCCCUUUGGAUAUGGAUUCCCCAACCCAAACUCCAAUCCCUCUCUACGAAACCCUAACCCCUCUUUCUCUUCCCACCCCUAAUCAAUCUCCUGUCUCCGAUUCUCUCCAGCCUUACUCCGUCUUCCGCAAUGAAAUCUCUCUCUCAUCGGUUAAUUUCUCUUCCAUUGACUCUGCCGCCCCUGAUUUCUUCUCUCUUGAUGUUGGCGCCACUAGUGAGCAGGAACCUGAGCCUAAGACACCCAGUGGAGCAGCCGAGCUGACUCGAAAUUCUAAGUUGCAGUCGGCGUUGGAGCCAAGCCUGGAAGGCAGUUGGUUUAGAGGGAACAGUAGGUUUAGGAGUCCUAUGCUACAAUUACAUAAAGAGUUAGUAGAUUUCUGUGAUUUUCUCUCUCCUACACCCAAGGAGCAAGCUGCACGCGAUACAGCAAUAAAAAUUGUUUUUGAUGUUAUCAAAUACAUAUGGCCCAAUUGCAAGGUAGAAGUUUUUGGUUCGUACAAGACAGGACUUUAUCUUCCAACAAGUGAUAUAGAUGUUGUGAUUCUGGGGUCGGGUAUAAAAUACCCUCAAAUUGGUUUGCAGGCACUUUCAAGGGCAUUGUCUCAGAAGGGUAUCGCAAAGAAGAUACAGGUGAUUGCAAAGGCUCGUGUGCCAAUUGUCAAAUUCAUAGAAAGACAAAGUGGGAUUUCAUUUGAUAUAAGUUUUGAUGUGGAUAACGGACCAAAAGCUGCUAAAUUUAUUAAGGAUGCAGUAUCAAAAUGGCCUUGCCUACGGCCAUUAUGUUUAAUCUUGAAAUUGUUUUUACAACAAAGAGAACUCAAUGAGGUAUACUCUGGCGGCAUAGGUUCUUAUGCUCUACUUGCGAUGCUCAUGGCAAUGUUAAAGAAUCUCAGAGAGUGCCAAUCUUCUUUAGAAGAUAAUUUGGGAGUCCUCCUGAUACAUUUUUUUGACUUUUACGGGCGCAAAUUGAACACCAUAGAUGUUGGUGUAUCUUGCAAUGGGGCAGGCACUUUCUUUUCAAAGCAUAGGAAAGGGUUUAUAAACAAGGGACGGCCAUUUCUCAUCGCCAUUGAAGAUCCACAGGCACCAGACAAUGACAUUGGGAAGAACUCAUUUAAUUACUUCCAGAUUAGGUCAGCCUUUUCAAUGGCAUUUUCAACAUUGACAAAUCCAAAGACCAUCUUAAGCUUAGGCCCGAACAGGAGCAUUCUUGGCACCAUAAUUAGACCAGACCCUGUUUUGCUGGAGCGGAAAGGAGGAUGCAAUGGGGAGGUGACUUUCGAUGCCCUGCUGCCGGGAGCUGGGGAGCCAAUACAGUCACAUCAUGAUGAUCACCAGGAGAUUUUGGGUAACUGGUUGUUAGAUGAUGAAGAACUGCCACGGGGAGGUGGAGUAGCUGGAGAUGGUGAUGCACAAUCAUCUGGGAAGAAAAGGAAAUCUUCUUCCAAAGACAAGUUUAGAAAGAUAAAAGAAAAUGGUGAUGUGGGGAAGAUCAGUCAUGAAGAAAAUGGGUCGAAAAGAGGAAGAAAGAAACAGCGUUGGAGACAUAACCGAGAUGAUGAAAAUGGGUUUAGCUAUAAUAUUGGUGGAUCUCCAUGGCGCCACUGAAAAGAUAUUGCAUGCAAAAUCUUUGUUAUGUCUCCUCACUUGAGAUCAUUCAUUAGCUAUCUCUGCUGUGGUUUUUUCUCCCCUGCAGAUGGUUUACUCACCCAUGUAAUAUGUGUUAUUGACCAUUCACAGUUCAAACGCUGCUAUUGGCGUGCCAACACCUGCAGAAGUGAAUUACAACCGUGAUUGUGUGGUGGACCCAAAGCUGUAUGUUAUUACAAACGUUGAAUGAGUGAUUCUGCUGACCACAUUUUGGAGCUUAAAAUUAGUGGGAUGAUGUUGGUUUUUGGCUUUGAAUUGUUGAACGUGGAGCAGCUUACCACACCAAAGAAUAAAGAAUAGUGAGAAAUGCAGAAGUGAAGGACAAAUAGCAGCAUACAAUUUUGACAUGAGCAUUUUUUUUUCUUGUAUCAGUAACAUUUAAGUUAGUGUACAAUUGAUUAUCAUUUAUUUAAGCUUCCUAGACAUUUUGGCUUCACAAGCUACUUUGCUUUGUCAGGUUGGUUGUCUCUAACGUAAUACAGGGGUGACACUUCAUUAUUUUGUGUACUGUAUCUCAAACCAACGUACUGAUGAUCUAUUGGAUAUUGCUACAACAUUUCAAA